AUGGGCGGCGAGAGAGAUGCAGCGAGCGCUGUCUUGGCAUCUGAUUGCAGACGUCCUGAGUCAGAGCCCUCGCAUCUGCCAGAUGAUUUGCGGCACUGCAAGUUUCCAAACAAGACGGAUCAAUUUGGCACUGCGCCAUGGACCCGGAAGCUUGUCAACAAUCCGUAUGAACCGGGCUGUUGGGACAGAACAAGUUACUGUGCACCUUUCGAGUGUUUCCCGCAGUGCAGAUACAACGUUGAGUAUCAGAACAUGAUCACGUAUUGGGCGCCAUUCAGGCCUGGCAAGCGAAAAGUUAUGGUGUUCCAGUACGGGAAAGUGGCGUCCACUGCAAUUGUCAGGGGCUUGAAGCUUUAUGCAGGUAUUACAGCUGCUCACGUGCACACCGCUGACCAUGCAAAACAGUGGUUGGCAGGGAGGCAUGUUGAUCUUCCGGUUGAACAGCAAGGUUUUGCGCUGUCCGAGGAGUGGUCACUAAGAUCAGGAGAUGCGUGCACCAUCAUUACUGCAACCCGGAGCCAUUUCAGCCGAGAUGUGUCCGAGUACUUCGAGAAUAUCUUGCAGGUGAACCACCCAUAUGGUUAUCACCCUCGCGGUGUCCAGCGCCACGAAGACCGCGCUCCACGCACCGGGGAGACUCGUUGGACGCAGGCAAGUGUUGUGCGCUUGGGCCAGGAGAACAUUUCAGCAUUGGUGGAAGAUUACCGGGCCCAGCACUCAAUUGUUCUCGCAUUCUACGCCAAGUGGUUCACGAGACAAUUCAAAGCAGCCACUGGCCUUGACGUAUUGUCGCAGCCGUUUGACCUGCAGCAGCACCAUUCCUGGAUUCAGGGUUCGCGGUGCUCAGCGCUGGUAUUACGGUCAGAGGACUCGAAAUUCUGGCCGGACAUUAUUGCGAAGUACUUUGACGGCUUCAAGAUGCCAAGGUCGAAUGCGGCAGGCAACAAGUGGUACAGCGGUGUAUACAGCGCCUUCAAGACACAUCUGCAGUACUCCGUAUCUGAAAUGAGGGAAAUGUGUGCAACAGAGACGGAGCGGCACUUCUACAGAGAAGAGGAGUCCUCUCCAUGCAAGUGGUAA